UGCGACAGAAGAAGAAGAAAUCAUGGUCGAGAAACGAGCAGACGACACACUCCACAUGUUGACUGUAUGCAAAAUAGAUAAUGAUGCAAAACGCCAAGAGGAAAAGAGAUCGCGCAAGCGCCGUGCCGCCCCUGGAGGCCGGAAGUACAUGGAGGUUCUCGUCGUUACCGACACGAAGACCGUCGACCUUGUAAGCAACGAGGCAGUUAAGACGUACGUCCUCACCAUCAUGAAUAUUGUCAACAAGGUGUAUCAACAUGAUUCGCUGACGUCAGACAUCGAAAUUAUUACAUCUAAGAUCAUAAAGAUGGACAAAGCUACGGAGAAAAAGGUGAUACGAGCUUCCGAUGCCAGACGAACAGUGGACAACUUCUGUAGAUGGACAACAGUCCAAGCCUACAACAACCGUUACUAUGGCGGUGGCAUCAACUUUGAUGUGGCUGUUCUCCUCACGCGAACGGUCAUGGGUCCGGCAGGCUAUGCGCCCAUCACGGGUAUGUGUAACCCUUCCAGGAGCUGCGCAGUUGUCAAAGACGACGGGUUUACUUCCGCUUUUAUCGUCGCUCACGAAGUCGCUCACGUCAUUGGUUUAUAUCACGAUGGACACGGAAACACCUGUCAUGGGGCGCAAUACGCCACAGCUAUCAUGGCACCAAUGGUACAGUCCAAUCUUCAGCAUUACUGGUGGUCUACGUGCAGCAAUGACCGUAUGAACCAAAUGCUGCCGCACUUGACAUGUCUUAACAAUAACCCGCUGACCCGGGAGACUUCCAAGCACGUGUCUGACCCUUUAGGUGACCUAUGGUCAUUUGAUCAACAGUGUCAGUACGAGUUCGGCGGAAGACACUCUGCCUGUAGAUCGUACUAUGGCGAUCUUUGCGCCCAGCUAUGGUGCAGCGAUGGAAGUGGUCACAGACUUUGCAAAACCAAAAGAGGUAGAGCUCUAGAGGGAACAUCGUGUGGGGCCGACCAGUCGUGUCAGAAAGGAGCUUGUACGUAUCAUGGACGGAAGGAUCCUGUCAACGGUGGUUGGGGACAAUGGGCAGCCUGGGGUUCUUGUUCUAAUGAAUGUGGUGUGGGACUCAGGCAAAGAGCGCGUAGCUGUGACAAACCAGUACCAAAAUUUGGAGGCCGUCUUUGUACUGGGGAGGAAGAACAAAUUGAAACUUGUACUAGCGAGGUUUGUACAACCUACAUCGAUAUCCGCGGACUGCAGUGUACUGUAUUAGAUUCCCUCCCUGUUCGCUCAUCCCGGAACACAUGGCUGCCCUACCAGUCAGACAAAGAAGAUCUUUUAUGUUCCCUGACCUGCAUAUCUAACACUACUGGCGAGGUAGCUACAUUUAAAGACAUCCCAAUGGAUAACGGAUCGCCCUGCAAAUAUGACCCUCCUUACGGGAUCUGUAUGGAUGGAAAAUGUGUGGCAGUUGGCUGUGAUGGCGUCAUCAACUCUACCGUAUCUGAGGAUGCGUGUGGUGUGUGUGGCGGUAAUGGAUCUGAAUGUAAAACGGUCAAAGGUCAUUUCCACCGGAAGUUAGCCUACGCGGGACGAAAUGACGUGUACCAGCAAAUUCUAGUUCUCCCAAAGGGAUCUCGCGGGAUCAACGUGUCCGAAUCAAAGCGAUCCGCACACUUUCUCGCUUUGAAGGAUCCAUAUUAUGGAUCAUAUCCUUUAAAUGGACAUGGAAAGCCAGGCCGGUCGAAAAAGUUUGUCGCUAAUGGGGCCUGGUUCAUAUACACAUCCAAAUGGAACCUGGAGUCGUUGGAAUCUAUGGGCCCAUUGCGAAAGGAUCUUCACUUGAUGGUUUAUCCACAAAAUGCCAACGAGGAGGCAAAUAUCGAGUAUUCAUACACAGUGACGAAAGAUGACUUUACGUAUGAGAUGAACCUAGUCGAAUGGAAGUACGAAGGCUGGACUGACUGUAGUGUUACCUGCGGUACAGGUGUGCAGAGUCUGAUUUACGGCUGUUAUAGUAAAGAUAAUGGAACCAAGGUUGAAGACCAUCAUUGUCAAUACUUGGAAGAAAAAGAAAACGAACCUGUUAAAUGUGAAAGGUUACAAUGCAGUGCUUUCACGUAUUACUGGACGAUGUCCGUGGAGUGGACUGAGUGUUCUGCUACCUGUGGUGACAAUGGAACACAGACACAGCGGUACAUGUGUGAGAAGCGUAACUCUAACGGGACCGGAGAUGAGGUAGAUAUGUCUAUGUGUAGCGGUCUACCACACCCGAAAUUCACGCGGGAGUGUAACCGGAUACCAUGUGUUACUGAAACAGUUCCAGAUAUCUAUAAGUGGAUUGUUUACAAUUGGAGUGAAUGUAGCACCACAUGUGGUGACGAUGGCGUGCAGGUGGCUACUGUCGAAUGUAUUAGAAUACGCUCAGAUAAUUAUACUGAAGAAGUUGAUGAUAGCUUUUGUUUUAAUGAAUUGGAACCCAACAGUUCAAAAUCUUGUCCUCAAGAGCCUUGCAUUGAAUAUACAUAUCAAUGGGUUUUGUCAGACUGGAGUGGUUGUAGUGCUACCUGUGGAGAGGGAGUAGAGAGGGUGUGGUAUGUGUGUGAGAGAGAGUCAGAAGGUGCAUUUGAGGCUGUGUCUGGCAAAUUAUGUGAUAAUCUGCCAAGUCCAAACUCCACUCGGGCAUGCACAUUGAAUCCAUGCUAUCAAUACCGGUGGACAGCAUAUCAGUGGAGUGAAUGUAGCACCACUUGUGGUGAUAACGGUAUACUUGAAGUAAUGUUUGUAUGCGAACAAGUAUCACCUGAUAAUGAAAGUGUAACAAUUACCGUUAAUAAUAAAUUCUGCAGUGACAUUCCAAGACCUAAAUCUACAAAAACAUGUAACCGAAUUCCAUGUUACACCCAUCAGUGGGUAGUAAAUAGCACUGAAUGCAGUGAGAGUUGUGGUGAGGAUGGAAUUCUGGAUACGGUUUACACCUGUCAGAAAAUCCAUGGAAAUGGUACGUUCUUAGAAUAUGCUGAAAGUGAAAUGUGUUCUGAUAAAGAGAGACCCGAGGUAGAAAUGGCCUGUAACAGAUUUCCGUGUCCAGCACCAACAUACACAUGGAAAACAUUUGAUUGGUCGCCCUGUUCUCACACUUGUGGAUCCGAGGGCGUUCAAAUCCCUAUACUUAGCUGUCAAACAUCAGACGCUGAAGAAGUCGACCAUAUGUUUUGUGGACCUGUGACGUCACCACCGGCGUCAUUAGAAUGCAAUAGAGUUCCAUGUCUUCAGAAAUGGCAGUCCAGUGAAUGGUCACAGUGUUCUGUCUCGUGCGGUAAAGGUAAACGAACUCGAAAUGUGUUUUGCACACACCCGGAACCUGAGAAAGAUGAUGUUAGCAAAUGUCCAACAGAUCGCCCGAAUAGUGAAGAGAACUGUAACCCUAAACCAUGUUCUAGAGGUCCACGGUGUGUACAGGAUCGAAUACGCUUAUGUCGGCGACGAGCCUCAAGGUCCAAGUGUGCCUACGCGAGUUACAGAAAGGUGUGUUGUCGGACUUGCCAACGUUACCUACGGCUGGGAUAAGGCAAAUGCAAGCAACUAUAUAUAGCAGUUGUGGAAAAGCAGCCAACGUGAUGGUAAAUACUUGGUCAAAAGGAAUGAGGAUAGUAGUCAAAUAGUUAGAUAGGCACUUAUGGAAGAUAAAAGCAAUAGUUAGGUUGUUUUCAAUUCUAAGAACAGUUCAAGUUGAAUUACGAGGAACAAUUGUUGAAUAGAUGAGGUAAGAUUUGGAACAAAAGCAGAGAGCAAUUGUCAAACAAUUAGGUUAAAAUUCAUGUGGGGUGGUAGAAAAGAAAGAGAGCUAUUGUUGAAGAACUGUUCAAUACCAGGAAAACAUAGGAUCAAAACAGAUUUGUGGAGGGUAAUCGAAGGAAUAAAAAUCGGUGUCUUACAUUUUUUAAUGACCCAUAGAAAAAAUCCGGAUGAAAGAUUACCUACCUAUAUUGCAUACCAUAUCGUUUAACAUUGCAAAAAAAUAUGAAUACUGCCAAUUAUGAUUGAUAUGAAUGUCAUAAUUAUACUUUUUAUGCUAAGCUGUGUCAUUAAUAUUUACUGUAAAUGCCAUGUAAAUGUAUCCACAUUAUUACAUUUUCAUUAUUUUAUGUAUUGUUUUAUACAGACACGUUAUUUUCGCGAUGAUAUUGUUUUUUUGUUAAAGUACAAACAAAACAACAAGAAACAAGGUAUGAUAGGGGCCAGUAAAGAUUUGAUACUCUCAAAUCCAAAAUUGUCAGCAAGGUGAUAAAUCAAUUAUUUUUAUUUGAAUAAGGGAAAAUAAUAACCUCGCGACAAUUUAAUAUUUUACAGCAUCCACCUAAGCAGUAAGGCGUGUUAAAACGUUUCGUCAAUUUGAUCACUGAUUUGUCCCACGUCUUGUCAUGAUAUAAGGUCAGUCUCGUAUGGAUGCGUUGACUGUCGGAAUUAUCGUCUGAAGUUCCGUUAUUAAAACAAAAAUAAAUAAAUCGUGCAUAUUUAAAUUAGCUAUAUGUCCCUUGGCAGAAUACAGAAGGGUAAUCAUGGGGAUAUUCAUUAACAGAUGUCAGUAUUGUUGUGCGCAGUACAGUGUAAACAUUUGAAGUAAACUUCAUAAAUUAUUAAUCAAGCCAGACGCCAUCAGGACUGAUGUUUAUCGUUAUUUUUGUGUCAAUAUCAUGAUGUAUAUUUACUUUGGGAUCGACAAACACAUUGGGUUGAUUUUAUUUUUGCACAUAUCUAGGAUUGUCGUAAUAAUACAUUUAACAUGAAGGUAUCCAAAAACGAAAUCAAAUUUACAUAGUAGACAAACGUGUAGCAUGCAUGUACAGAAUUAGCUCUAAUUUUCAUCAAUUAUGGAAAGAUAGUACCAUAAAGUUUAUAUUCGAAUGAAGAUUUCUGAAUAAGAUUAGCACAUGUGUAACAACUUAUGAGUUAUGCCACACAACCCCUAGGGAUUGGAUAUAAAGAAACCUACCUAAUCUGAUGCCUCUAUAAACACAGCAUGAAGAUCAGAUUGGGCAGGUGAAAUUCAUUGAUUCAAUACUUUACAUGAAAUGCCGUAACAGCAUUUGAUUUUUGUGCAUAAAAAAUAUAUGUACAUUAUGUAAAUAUUUAUCAAGUUGUAAAAUGUUGAUAUACAAAUAUGAAAUGAAAUUACAUGGUUUUUUUUUCUUUGUCCUUUCCAGUUGUGUCCUAAAUAGAUUUUUUAUUUGACCAUAAUAAAAACUGAAAUUAAACUAUACAUUGU